AUGGCAGACAAGAUCUCCAUCACCAUAUGCGGCGACGGUGGUUGUGGCAAGUCGUCCAUCACACUACGCCUAGUGAGGUCACAGUGGACUUCAGAAUAUGACCCUACGAUCGAGGACUCAUACUCGGUCACACGAACAGUCGACGGCUUAAACUACUACCUGUCCCUCACCGACACAGCCGGACAAGAAGAAUACCGCAGUUUAUGGGCUGCCUCGAAUCUCCAAUCGGAUGCCUUUCUGCUAGUUUACGACAUCACCAAUCUCGCUUCCCUCGAAGGCCUCUCAUGGUUCCUUGAUAUGAUCGAUAUUGAGGCCGAGAAUAGACUGGAGGAGAACCAAAGACUGCUCCGGGAAAAGGGCUCCAAAGCUCGAGGCAGAAGAGAAGAAGGCUGGAAAUUUCCUCCGAUCAAGAUCAUUGCCGGCAACAAAUGCGACCUGAAAGAUGCAAGGAUCGUCAGCAGCAAAGUCGGCUGGGAAUGGGCCAAGAGUAAAAACUGCGGCUUCAUGGAGACCAGCGCUCGGGAAAUGGUCAACAUUGAGGAAACCUUUGCUCUAAUUGUCCGCAGAGUCGUAGAGGCACGAAGGCAACACGGUGCAGGUGGUGGCUCACUACCUCACCAAGCGCCCUAUGGCUCAAAAGGCCACACACCAAAUGUCAGCGGUGCCGGCGCCGCGGCUUAUCAGAUGCCUUCGUCAAUGCAAGCAAGUCGUCCACAGACUAGUCCCAACACUUUACCCGCCACAGAGAAGUCGGGUUUCGACGAUGACAACAAUCAUGGGCCCUGGUGGAAGAAAAUCUUCUGCUGCCGCUGA